GUUCCCGGCGGCAGCGGAAGGGGCGGGGCCGGGGCCGGGCGGCGGAGGGCACCGCUGCUCCUCUCCCGGCGGCGGGGGGCUCCUGCGGCGUCACCCCAAUGGCGGCACUGGUGCGAGCGGCGGGGAGAGCACUGCUGGGCCGGGCCGCGCCCCUGCUCCGGGUCGAUCGGGGUGUUAGCAGUGGCGGCGGGCCGCGGUGGGGGCCCGUGCGGCCCGGCCUCCCCGUGCCCCUCUCCUCGCCCCUGGCGGGGCUCACCCGCGCCAUCCGCAUCAAGGAGCCCCCGAAGCCCAAGCAGGUCGACCGGUGGACGGAAAAACGGGCCUUGUUCGGGGUGUACGACAACGUGGGGAUCCUGGGUGACUUCCAGAUCCACCCAAAGAAGCUCAUCGUGGGGCCCAGGUGGCUGCGAGGCUGGCGGGGGAAUGAGUUGCAGAGGUGCAUCCGCAAGAAGCAGGUGGUGGGAGAUCGGAUGUUUGUAGAGGACUAUCACAAACUCAACAAGAGGAUCCGGUACUUGUACAGGCGCUUCAAUCGCACCGGGAAACACCGUUAGGAGCAAGCGUUGGUUCGGUCCAUGGAGUGUGGUUUUGUGGCACCACGGUCAGAAUAAAGCCAGCUUUCACACA